UUCCGCACAGCAUUUCUCACUUGCCACCCACAUUCUCUUCACACUUCCAUUCUUUUGCUCCAACGCUUCACGUUCCUUUCUUUGGGUCAGACAUUCUUUAGAUUCCAUUCUUUCUCAGCCGCUCCAAUGAUGGAGCUACACCACACUCCAUGCCUACUUGAGUCAGCCUUAGCGGAAGCGAGUAUUCUAGGCAAUGCUUUGCAGACCGGAUCCGUCAAUCGUGGUGGUGGGGGAUCCUUCCUCGACGUCUCUCCCGCCUACGCAACGUUCCGGGAAGACGGCUGUUUGACUCGCUUUGGCGAACAGUUCCAACGAGAGUUGAGCCCACACUUGAGCCAUUACCACAGGUCCGAAGCAGACAUUGACCGAGAGCUCAAGAAGGUGAUAGGGUAUCUCGCCAAGAGCGAAAAGUAUCAAAAGUAUCGGGAGCCUCCCACCACCAAGAAGCAAAAGGAGCAGGUAUGGCCCAAUCACCGCGAAAUCGCCUUCUUCAGAGCUUUGAUCCGCUAUCCGCCGACGGGACGCAAGAAGUACAUGCGAGAUGGUAAACCUCGCGGACGCAACGAGCUUGUGGCGGAUUCGAUUGACCGCGAGACGGGUGAGAAAUGCGACAGGAAACACGUGUCGAGCCACUUGCAGGUGCUCAAGAAGAUUCUGGUCGAUUGUCCAGAGGUCCUAGUUUAUAUGCCCAAGGGGAAAGACGACAAGAAAAGUAGCAAAAGAGUUCGAUACGGUUCCCAUCACCACCAUCGGAGCCGGCACACUCGGCUCAAGUACGGAGAAUCGCAGGAAGAAUGCGGCUCGCACGGUCAUUAUGGACACAUGUCGUCCUCGACUGCUUUAUCCAAGUCGGAGAAUCGACGAGAUGAUGCGCUAUUCUCCGUAGCCAGCUUUGUCAUCAUAGUCAUUGGAAGUGGUGAAGCCCACAAGUUAAGAGAGGUACACCGCUACACGGAGCUGGCGCAGGACCCCCGGCUGGCCGACGUACGGGUUCGCGACACGACGUCCUGGCACAAACAGUUCCCCGAGUUCAACUUCCACAGGAUAGAAGAACUCAGCAAUCGCAGCAUUCUUGUCUGCGAUGCUACGAUCAAGGUCAUGACCAGGGCUCUCCCCUCCGAGGCCGAGUUGAGCAUCACAUUCGACUUGGCUUCACCGCCUGCACUGGCCGCCUACGAUGAUUUGGAGUGUUCAACGCGCUUCUUCGAGGAUGGGAAGCCAGUGGAACAGGAUGACAACCACCAUUACCAAGCCAAGCAGGCAAGCAAAGGGGUGGAUAAGCAAAUGGGGCACAAGGGCCUGCUGCGCAUCAAGUUUGGAGCGGGCUUUUGGGCACGCCAACUGCAACGAUUGGGCAACUUGCUCUGCAAGGCUAGCGAAGAAGAGCCGAACAUUCGCAGCAGAUACGAGUCAAGCGUGAGACGUGAGCUACAACAACUCACGGCUGCCCAAGACAUAUACGGGGUCAAGGAUGGGGAAUCGAAGUGUCUUCUUACCAUACUCUGGCGGUUCAGUCAAACCAGACACAGCCAGGACACUGGGAGUGUGAAAUGGCGAGCUGUUCAUUUCGAACAACCAAAGGAUAGAGUGCACAUCAAAGACGAGGCGGUGAGCAACGCUUUGGGGGCUCUCAUGACACCACCGACGACAUCGACGACUGGGCCUCCAACACCAAUAGCAACGUCGGCAUCUUUGAUCUAUCCCUCAUUGCCAUUGGAAUUCAACCAUGCAUUCCCCGAACCAGACCCACCGCUCGACAUGGACCAGAUCACGCUGGACAAUAUAACGGCCGACUUCUCCCACCCGGCUUCCACGGCAUCGGGGAUAGGGCAUGAUUUUUCACAGUUUCAAACGACGCUGUCUUCCAUGACGGACUCACACAACAUGAUCGGCACUCAAGGUCAGGGGUUGGAGGAAGCCGACAAUUUUGAUUUUCACGGAGGGCACAUAGCAAUCUCUGGGUGCCUCGAGCCGGCCGUCAGUUUUGAAUCGUACGCAUCAUUCGAGGCGCAGUCGAACGCACAAAGCUUCCAGAGUCUACCUUCGCUGGCGGAUUUUGAACAAACAGCUCAGGCGAUGCAGGCGGAAACGACGUUUGAAGAUCUUGCGCUCGGAAUGAGCAUGACGGGCAGUACGGAUUACGUUGCGGCUCCCAAACCAUCAUGGCCUCAUCCAAGCUUGAUAGCACAACUAGGACACGCGGCGGAACAUUACUCUGAUUUGAUGGCGCAGACCACGACAGGGGGGCAGAUGGAUUUGGGAGAGGGGCUUGAACAGGGCGGUGAUGACGGCGGAGGGUCAUCGUUGAGCAGCCAUGGGCUAUGGAAGCUGCAGAGUGGGUUCGACGAGGACACGAUAGCAGCGGCAGCGGCAGCAGCGGUAGGACAUGAUUCGAGGAAAGACAGCCUGGUCGGGAAAGGGGAUGAUGGGGUGCUGAGAAUCAUGGAGUUGGUUGGGGGCGAGGAAAGAGUGGAUAGGUACCGAGAGUACUAG